AUCUUUACACAGUAUUUUCAUUCACUGUUGAAAUAAAUUAUACUGAAGCGCGAACUGUAAAGGUGAACAGCCGUUUAACGUAAAAUUGAGAUUAAUUUAAGACGAUUACUAUUCCAUUUAACGUAAGUCGUGUGUUAUUUUGUUUUUACAAUUUAUAAUUGGAUAAAAAAAGAAAUGAGGUUAACCUUACGAAUACAUGCGUGACGUUUGUCCAUGCUUGAUUGAACACGAAAACUGUUAAUAUAUAAUACAAAAUAUGAUAUCUGAAGAGUGUUUAUAGAAAUAUAACCUACAGCAGAUGGAUAUAACAUGUAUAUCAUUCUGCUUUCCUAUGAAAGGCUGUGAUAUUUGAACUAUUUAUGAUAUAAUAUACAUGUUACAUUCAAAUAUUUGAUGUUUCAUUGAUAAAUGACUUGUGAUAAUUUCUUGAUCGUGAGAAUAUCCAACAAGCUGAGUGAAAGUUGUGGAUUUAUAGCAGGCUCAGCUGUUAACCGACUAUUUAAAAGACAGAACUGCCCAGUUUUGAAGGAGACUUGUGCGCAACCAGGGAAUUAAUCAAGAUAAGAACUUAUUUCAUAACUGUGUUCAGUGACGUCACAUUUUCUUGAAGAACAGCAUACCUUACUUGAUAAAAGUUUUGCAUAAAGUAUUUUUUUUGCACAAAUGCUAAAAUGGACGCUAAAAAUGGAACAGUAUAUCAAGUGAACGAGAAAUCGACCAAAGAGAAUAUGCCAUGUGCCGAAAAUGACGGAUAUGACGUCAGAUGUGGAUACGGAAGUUGUAAACCGGAAGUGCUUCAGAAAUGUAACAAUUCUAAGCUGCUGCUAGCCCUUCUGUGCAUGUUCUCUCUUAGUCAAGGUUUUGUCAUCAACGGUUUAAACAAUGUCAAUACACAAUCUAUUGAGAGGAGAUUUCAUUUGCCGAGUUCAAGGUCGGGCCUCAUUUCCAGUUCGUAUGACUUCGGGGCAGCUAUAUUUGGUGUGUUUAUAAGUUUUAUGGCGUCUGGCCGGUAUAAAGCUCGAUGGGUGGCCGGGGCAACCUUUGUGAUGGGGCUCGGAUCUUUGACGAUGGCGCUCCCUCAUUUUACCACAGGACUGUAUGACUGGGGCCAAGAAAGUGCGACAAAGACAUGUAAUUUAGGAUCGAACAUGACCGAGGAUGCACUAUGUGUAAAGACAGAUCUUCGUGACUAUCUUGGCGUGCUCAUGUUUGGUAUGAUACUCCACGGUAUUGGCGGCUGCAUCAUGUACACCGUGGGUGUGGGCCUCAUUGAUGACAGCGUGAGUGAGGUUCGAUCUCCACUAUACCUUGGUAUAUUUUACGGGUUUGCUGCAUUGGGACCAGGAUUAGGCUAUAUUGUGGGCGGCCAACUGUUGAACAUCUAUGUCGACUUUGACAAGUUGGACGCAAGCACGAUCAACUUGAAGACGGAUGAUCCGCGUUGGGUAGGCGCUUGGUGGCUGGGGUUUUUCAUUACAAUGAGUAUAUUCUGGUCACUAACCAUUCCCUUCUCACUGUUUGGUGCUGAAAUGCCGAGUGCGCAAAAAAUCAGAGAAUCGCGUAUUUCACAGAUGCACAAGGGAGACGUUGAUUCUUCUCAUGGCCACGGCACAAAUAAACGUCUACCAAUCAAAAUGUUCCCAAAGGUCACGUGUGCAUUGAUCAGAAACGCACCAUUUGUGUUCACCAUGCUAGCUGGGGCCUCCGAGGGUAUAUUGACGUCAGGAUUUGCUACAUUCGUACCUAAAUAUAUACAAAACCGGUUUGGCGUCUCGUCUGGGUCUGCGGCUUUUUAUACAGGUGCUGCGGCCGUACCAGGAGCUGCGGGUGGUAUGUUUUUUGGUGGUUUUAUUUGUAACCGGAUGAAGCUGAAAGUUCGGGGAAUGUUCCGGUUUGCAAUCAUCACAUGUAUACUCACCGUUUUAGCCGUCAAUAUACUCUGGAUAUCAUGUGACCAAGUCAAAAUGGCCGGUGUUAAUGAAGCAUAUGAAUCGGGAGGCAAAAAGGAUGACAUCAUCUCGUCAUGCAAUGAAGGUUGUGCAUGUACUACCCGUUACUAUGAUCCGGUUUGCUCUAGCAACAAUGUUCAGUACUUCUCGGCCUGCCAUGCCGGAUGCCAGAAUAUGACAACCAAUAGUGACGGUGAUGAGGUAUACUCGAACUGCACGUGCUUAUCUAAUGUUACCAUGGCAGCAACUUCCGGCACGUGUGAUUCCGGUUGUGGACUACUAUAUUUGUUCCUUGUGCUAUUUUUUGUUGUCAUAUUCUUGACAUUCCUACCGUCUACACCUAGUGAUGCUGCCACCCUCAGGUGUAUUCACGAGGACCACAGAACAUUUAGUAUGGGGUUAAAAUGGCUCUUCAUUCGAUUGCUAGGAACAGUUCCUGGUCCAGUUAUAUUUGGUGCGGUUACUGACACAGCUUGUCUUGUAUGGCAAGAUGAAUGCGGGGAACCAUCCUCAUGCUGGAUCUAUGACAAUGACGUUGUUAGCCGGAACUACUUUCUUAUUGCAAUGGCAGCAAAGGGUCUUUCAAUUCUCUUCUUUACUCUGGCGUAUUGUUUAUAUAAACCCCCGGAUGAAUCUCAGACUGAAGUUCAUACGCGAGAGAGCCAGAAACGACAAAUGGCGUUCAUAAAUGGUUCCUUUCGGGACUCUGAAUUUGAACAUUCUGUACAGACCGUAGACAAUGCUCAAAAUUCUGCGAAUAAUGAAAAAACUACAGAUUUAUAAACAUAAAUGGCAAACAAAAUCAUAAAAAGGAGGUUGUUACUGGAUAGCAGCUUAUUUAUAGUAUGUGAGAGAGCAUUAGAAGAUUAGUGCAUGGCAACAUCGCUCAUUGCUACAGGUAUAGGGGCAAACUAGUCUACACAUUUGUGUAUUCUGACGUUUGUGGAUAAUUGUCGUUAUGAAAUCCCAAAAACUAUUGUUGGACUGUUACAAGUCCAUUGUCGGAAGGAUUUUAAAUCAGGGAAAUUAGUGCCUUUUGUUAACCAUUCCGUCAAUUUUAAAUAUGCAUAAUAUUUAAAUGGUAGAUUUAAAAAAAAAGUAUUUUGAAGCAUUACCUAUUGUUUGGUGCGAGUAAUAUGUAAGGACUUGGCUAAAGGGUCAAUCUUUUUUUAACUAAGGGAGACCAAUGCUUUAGCUAGGGGCAAAAUAACAUAUCAAGAGUUGUCUGGAUUGAACGAAUGAUCUCAACAUGUGCAUAUAUUUUUUCCUGUGAGGUUGGUAUAUUUUAGACCGGUGAUUUGUAAGGAGAGACAAAAUAAGAUUUCAACAUUAACAUUCCAGAAGAAUUGAUAAAUGUGAUUUAAACACAAUAUUAUAAGUUUGUUGUCAUUAUUCAUGUCAUUGUAUCAUUUCAUUAUAUCAUUAUAUAAUUCCAUUGCAUCAUAUUAUUACAACAUGUCAUUACAUCCUAUCGCUAUAUCUUGUCGUUUUUUACUGCCAUUAUAUAGCAUGUCAUUAUGCCGCUGUAUUAUCUCACUGCAACAUGUCAUUACGCCAUGUGAUUACAACAUGACAUUAUAUUAUGUCACUGCAACAUGACAUUACGUAUUGUUAUUACAUCAUCUCAUUACACCAUGUCAUUAUAUCAUGUCAUUACGUCAUAUUACACCAUGUCAUUAUAUCAUCUCAUUACACCAUGUCAUUUCAUCAUUUUAUAACAACACACCAUGGUAUAUCAUGUCAUUAUAAAAAUGUUAUAACAUUUUAUCAUGUCUAUAUAUUAUAUUUCUCGAUCGACAAGACGUUGCAAAUAUUAUUUAAAUUUAUUUAUACUAUUUUCGCCUUGUCUGUCUAACAGUUUGUUUGUUUCACUGUGUCUUAAUUUUCAUCGGUCAUAAACUAUAAAUUCUAUGUUUUAUAUUUGAACACAGCUUACCUACAUGAUGACCACUAAAUGACACUGACAUUUAAGGUCAUACUUCUCAAAAUUCAGAAGUUUUCACCAUAACUCGGUUUAUUAGAAGAAUUUGAAGGGGUCUUAAACUCUUUGUUUUAAGACAACUUGAUAUUGUUGAUAUUAUUUUCUAUAUACUUUUAUUUUAAAUUCUACAGGCAUGAAAAAUAGAUAUAUAAUAUGCUUGUUAUAAAUAAUAAACUUAUAAAUGCUGA